UCUCCUGAUCUGCGCUCUAGCUCGCUGAUUCUCUCGCUUGCUCCGGUGCAUCUUUGCAGCUGCGUCCUCUCGGAUCCUCGUUACGCCGGCUGGCGCCCGUGGGUGCUUGGCCCCUACGUCCGCGCAUCUCUCGCAGCCCAUCCGCCAGCCUCCCGGAGCCCGCCUCCCCCCGCCGGUACCGCAUUGCCGUACUGCAGGGGCGCAGUGCAUUGCGCCGGCACCGUCAAUAGGUGGACCCCCUCCUGGAGAGAUAAAACCGCCGGCGUCGCCGCCGCCAGUCCCUCUGACUGAGACUUCGGCUCUGGUGUUCCUGCCCAGCACACCCUCAACCCCGAGCCAAAGCCCCCACAGUGCCAGCCCCUCCCUCCACCAGGCAGAAUGGGCAAGGAGAAGACACACAUCAACAUUGUGGUCAUUGGCCACGUGGAUUCAGGCAAGUCCACCACGACGGGCCAUCUCAUCUACAAAUGCGGGGGCAUCGACAAGCGGACCAUUGAGAAGUUUGAGAAGGAGGCAGCAGAGAUGGGGAAGGGCUCCUUUAAGUACGCCUGGGUGCUGGACAAGCUGAAGGCAGAGCGGGAGCGCGGCAUCACCAUCGACAUCUCCCUUUGGAAGUUUGAGACCACCAAGUACUACAUAACCAUCAUCGAUGCUCCAGGCCACCGGGACUUCAUCAAGAACAUGAUCACAGGCACUUCCCAGGCGGACUGUGCGGUGCUGAUCGUGGCGGCAGGUGUGGGCGAGUUCGAGGCCGGCAUCUCCAAGAACGGGCAAACCCGGGAACACGCGCUCCUGGCCUAUACUCUGGGUGUAAAGCAGCUCAUUGUUGGUGUCAACAAGAUGGACUCCACGGAACCAGCCUACAGCGAGAAGCGCUAUGAUGAGAUUGUCAAGGAGGUCAGCGCCUACAUCAAGAAGAUCGGCUACAACCCAGCCACAGUGCCCUUCGUGCCCAUCUCAGGCUGGCACGGUGACAACAUGCUGGAGCCUUCACCCAACAUGCCAUGGUUCAAGGGCUGGAAGGUAGAGCGCAAGGAAGGAAAUGCAAGUGGUGUGUCCCUGCUGGAAGCCCUGGACACAAUCCUGCCCCCAACUCGCCCCACUGACAAGCCCCUUCGCCUGCCACUGCAGGAUGUGUACAAGAUUGGUGGCAUUGGGACUGUGCCUGUGGGCCGAGUGGAGACUGGUAUUCUGCGGCCCGGCAUGGUGGUGACCUUUGCACCCGUAAACAUCACCACGGAGGUGAAGUCUGUGGAAAUGCACCACGAGGCCCUCAGCGAGGCCCUGCCGGGUGACAACGUCGGCUUCAACGUGAAAAACGUGUCUGUCAAGGACAUCCGCCGGGGCAAUGUCUGCGGGGACAGCAAGUCUGAUCCGCCUCAGGAGGCUGCCCAGUUCACCUCCCAGGUCAUCAUCCUGAACCACCCUGGGCAAAUCAGCGCUGGCUACUCGCCAGUUAUCGACUGCCACACAGCCCACAUCGCCUGCAAGUUUGCCGAGCUGAAGGAGAAAAUUGACCGGCGUUCUGGCAAGAAGCUGGAGGACAAUCCCAAGUCCCUGAAGUCUGGUGAUGCGGCCAUUGUUGAAAUGGUCCCCGGAAAACCCAUGUGUGUGGAGAGCUUCUCACAGUACCCACCCCUCGGUGAGCUAGGUGUUUCAAGGCGUCAACUAAGACGGUGGUUGGUCCAAGCUGGGGUCAAUGCGCUGCUGGCGGGCGGGGUCAAGGGCUCCUUUACUAAGGCAAACUACUGAGCAAAGUG